AGGAGAAGACCGAUAAGAAUUAGACCUAGACGUUGACCUUUCAGUCUUCCCAGUCACCAACCGUCAUCUACUACGUGGACGCGGAGGAGGAACACCCACAAGGCAUCUUGUGUGUUUCGGUAGAUAUUUCAAGUGCACUCUCGUCUCCUCCAGCGCCCACAGGCGGACUGGGCUUUUCAGGAGAAGCUGCGAGUAGGUCCUGCGCCCUCCGCUUCCUCUCCCUCCUCACCAAGCAUCCCCCUCACCUUUCCGACUCCGGCGCUGGCGUCUGCAUUGACGGAUAGCGAGCAAGCUGAUCAACGAAAAACCCAGUCUGCAUGUGAACAGUCGGAUUCACUCACUGGUUCUGGUGCGGGCCUUUGGCGAAACGUGUUCCUGGAUUGCUUGUUUUCAGUCACCCUUGAAUCCAGCUUUGUGCCUUUGUGUUCAGGACUGUUUGUCUUGUCCUCCAGACGAGCUGUGCAAACAGCCAGGGACACCGAGCUGUGCGAUUUGGUGAGCCGGCGUUUGGGCUGGCACCCACAAGACUGGUGUAGGGCGUGUGGCUUGUCAUACACACGGCGCUAUCCUUUGAUGUAUCGCUUCGUGUCAUGGCGCUAAACGCACAAAGCUUCUGUUCACUGCGCGAGGUGGACUUUCGAUUUCUAACUGCAGCCAAGGGUGGUGCGUCUACUGCAUUUCGCUCAACGGCCAAAGGAUUUUCCAGCGAACCCAUGACCAGUGUUUGGUGAAAGCAGCCAACCGCUGCGAGAAGAUUCAAUAGAAAUCCAGAGACCUUAAAAGCCAGACCCCAGCCAGAGAGAGAGAGAUGUGAAGAAGGUAUGCAAAUUAAGCGAGCAUGGCUGUAGUGCGGUCCUGCGUGUCUGCUCUCGUCGCUUUUCUUGGAGUCGGUGGAUUGCCUGUUGGUGCCGCGGCAUCCUGCAGCGUAAUGAUGUAGCAGGAAGACAGGCGAGUGCAGUCAGGGAUGGGCCGUGUAGCAGCAUGUAUCGCCGGCCAGACAAGAUGCACCGACAGUGCUUUCAAGUGUAACUAAUGACACAGGACACGUGUCUUUCCUGGAUUUUACAUUAUGAGCAGAAAACGACCAGAGAAGAGGAAAUACUGACGCCUUACAUUUUUCGUUGCGUGAACAGUUAUAUUUUAAAAUGAUUUCCGUGUAAAAAAAUUAAUCAGCUAAAAUUACUUUAAUCAUUUCACUUUUAGAAUGUGGAGCUAAGCUAGCCCAAAUGUGUAAUAGUCAGGGAAAGUAUGUACUACACAAGUAGAACAGAACGUAAGUAAAGAUUUAAAAGCAUUUCACAAAUAUGCUUUAAAGAAAAAUAAACAGUAACAGUGAAUGUAAUGGUCGUCCAAAACGAACUCACUUGAUGCGGUGCUGAAGAGGACUGCAAGUAUGUCUCCAUCAUAUCUAUCAUAACAAACAGAGGGCUGUCAGCUUUUGUUUACAGUGCAGAAGCAGCUAUGCACUGAGCAUUUCUAGACCACCAAACACUUCAGAGUAUUCUAACAAGGACAUGAUGGUAGACAGCGACGUCCCAUCGUCCUCACUGGUCAGUCCUCACUGACAGAAGGGAGACAACUGGACUGGGCGCCAUGCCGACCUCACCACCUGGCGGACGUGUAGGUAGUGAGGCAAUGCUUCUACCGGGUACACCUACAGUCAUGGUCAGGGUCAUCGUCUUCCUCGUCGUCGCUGGAGGAGUGUGUAGUCUUCGAUAUCCCAAUCGUUCUGUUCCUGUAGGUCUGCUGUUCGACCACAAUUCCGGCGGUCUACCCGAGGCGUUUGAGGAGCAAAUUAUGGAACUCAACAAGGAGCCCAAUGUCUUACGCCUGGUGCACCGAGUGCACGCUGUGGACGCCACCGACAGUUUCGACGUUUCCAGAGCCUUGUGCUCGCUCCUGUCUGCUGGCGCCAUCGUGCUGUUGGGUCACGUGGGAAAGCCAACCCUCGCCACCAUUAAGGCCUACUCCGAGAGCCUGGAGGUGCCUUCAUUUUUUUGAACAACCCUUCUCAUCCACUGGAGGGAGCGGACUCCGCCAGGCCCAGCUUCCAGUUCUACCUGCAGCCCAGCAUUUCUAAGCGAUCGUAGACAUCGUCCAGUGGUAUGAGUGGACUAGUCUCGUGUACAUUUACAACACCAAUGAAGGCUUAUUCCGUCUGGAGCAAGUGCACGACUACAUGCACGACUACCAGCAGACGCCAGAAAUCACAGCCCGUCACGUGCAGAACAGAACAGCGUGUCUGCACCUCCUGCACUCCAUGCACACCCAGGACCGCGGCAGAGACAUACGUGUGGUCAUGGACGUUCCCCCAGAACAUGCGCACUGGGUCAUUAAUUCCAUAGUAGAAGAUAAAUCAAUAUACAAAAUUCGAUUCCACUUCAUCUUGCCUUAUUUGAGUAUGAAGUACAUCAAACUUCGAGCCUACAAGACAGGGGGAGUCAAUAUCACAGGCUUUGAAAUUUUUCGUCAAACGGAUGCACUAAUGCGGUCCUAUUUCAGUGACCCUUCAUCUCAGAAUAAUACAGACAGCGCACUAGCAAAGGAUGCUAUCAAGAUAGUCACCGAGGCGCUGUCCGAGCUCCAGAGGCACCAAGCUCCUCAGGGUCGGUGGCACCUGUUGGACAGCGUGCAGCAGUGGCAGGACGCCAGCAGGGGCAACGGCAUCACCUGCUCUCCUCCCUCCACCUCCCGCUGGCGCUACGGUCGCGACCUGGCCAAGAUCUUUGCCGAGCAUACCUUCACCGGAAGCAACGGCAAGAUACGCUUUUCAAAGAGUGGUCAACGCUCAGGUCACUCCUUAGACGUCAUAGAGGUCAGCAUGUACAGGGGAGUGGCCAAGGCAGGAGUUUGGACUGAAGAGAACUUCAUUCCCAGGGGUCCAGAGCAGAUUGUUACUAAGGGCAACCGUACCAUAGACAACAGAACACGCAUCGUCGUGACUAUCGAGGACAUGCCUUAUAUUUUCAACCGCACAGAGCCGUGGGACGGCAUCCCUGUCGUUGGCAGAGACCGUUUCUCGGGGUACUGCUCGGAGCUGGCCGACAUGGUGUCCAUCAACGUGGGGUACGAGUACUACAUCAGGCUGGUCAAAGACAACACGUACGGCGCACCGCAGGGGGACGGAACCUGGAAUGGAAUUAUCGGAGAGCUCAUCAGACAUGAAGCAGACAUAGCAUUUGCACCGCUGACGAUAACAUCGGAGGAGAAGGUGAUCGACUUCACCAAACCAUUCAUGUCGCUGGGUAUCUCCAUCAUGAUCAAGAAGCCUGAGAACCAGGAUCCUCACGUCUUCUCGUUCAUGGAGCCAUUGUCGCAGGAGAUCUGGUUGUGCACAGUUUUUGCCUUCAUCGGAGUGAGCGUGGUGCUGUUCCUCGUUAGUCGAUUCAGCUCCGAGGAGUGGAACGUUGACAGCGGCGAGGCAAAGCUGUCCAACGACUUCACCAUCGGCAACAGCCUGUGGUUCUCCCUCGGCGCCUUCAUGCAACAGGGCUGCGACGUGCUGCCCAAGUCCGUGUCCGGUCGCAUCGUGACGAGUGUCUGGUGGUUUUUCACUCUCAUCAUCAUCUCCUCCUACACCGCUAACCUGGCGGCCUACCUGACCACGAUGCGCAUGAGCACGCCCAUCAAGUCGGCCGAGGACCUGGCCAAGCAGACUGAGAUCAAGUACGGGACCCUGGCCGCCGGCAGCACCAACGCUUUCUUCAAUAAAACGACAGUGUCGUUGUACGGACGCAUGUGGUCGUUCAUGACGUCACAGAAGGACGUGUUUGUCAAGUCCAACGAGGAAGGCAUCGCCAAAGUGCGGGGCGAGAACGGCAAGUACGCAUUCCUCAUAGAGUCCAGCACCAACGAGUACCACAACAACCGCGAGCCGUGCGACACCAUGAAGGUCGGCAACCUCGACUCCAAAGGCUACGGCGUGGCUACACCCAUGGGCUCGGACAUCAGAGACCUUCUGACCCUGAGCAUCUUUGGAACUGAGAGGAGCACGGAAAGUUGGAGGAGCUAAAAAAAUAUUGGUGGUUUGACCGCAGUGAAUGUCCGAAGGAAACACUACCAACGGAGAGCAAAGACAACGCUUUGACACUCACAAAAGUGGCUGGCAUAUUUUAUAUACUUGUUGCCGGUCUGGCACUGUCCGUUAUUUCAGUGGUGCUGGAAUUUCUCUACAAAACAAAAGUAGACUCCAGACGUCAAAAUGUUUCCUUUGGCUCAGAGGCUCGCUCCAAGUUCCGCUUGUCUAUCAGCGGCCAUUCCGACGAUGAUUCUGGUGGCCAGCGCACGCCGUUGAGAGCAGGAACCACU